AUGCAGUCCAUUUGUUUUGUGUUACUGUUGCUGGUAGAAAUAACAGUAGGGAAAUUAGACAUAAAGGCAUUGGUUGAGUUAAAAAAGGGAAUUCAGAAAGAUCCUUCGGGGAAAGUUCUCAUUUCAUGGGAUCCCAAGUCAUUGGCAUCUGAUGGGUGCCCCGAGGAUUGGUUUGGUAUCGGUUGCAUUGAUGGCCGCGUGACUUCAAUCACACUAAAUGAUUUAGGUCUAGUCAGGGAAUUCCAUUUCCCUGCUGUUGCCGGACUCCAAAUGCUUCACAACUUGUCCAUUUCUAACAAUCAAUUCAGUGGCAUUAUCUCAAAAGAGGUCGGUUUGAUUGAAUCAUUGGAAAGUUUGGAUCUUUCUCGAAAUUUGUUUACUGGAUCAAUCCCUUCUCAAUUGACUAGUUUGAAGAACUUGGCGCUCUUAAGUCUUUCAUCAAACAACAUGGAUGGAGAAAUUCCCUCCGAUUUCACGGGUCUUGAGCUGUUAAAGUAUCUAGAUUUGCACUCUAAUGAUUUCUCAGGAGAUGUCAUGGGCCUUUUGGCUCAAUUAGGUGGUGUGAUGUAUGUUGACCUCAGCAACAAUGAUUUUUCGGGAUCCUUGGAUCUUGGAAUAGGGACUUCAGAUUUUAUUUCUUCGAUUCAGUAUUUGAAUAUCAGUCAUAAUAACUUGACUGGGGAGCUCUUCCCUCAUGAUGGAAUGCCAUAUUUUGACAGUCUGGAGGUGUUUGAUGCAAAUAAUAAUCAUUUUGUUGGAAAUGUUCCUUCAUUUACUUUUAUCGUCUCCCUCCGAGUUAUCAAGCUUAGCGACAAUCAGUUGUCUGGAUCACUGCCACAAGGUCUUUUGCAGGAAAGCUCAAUGGUCUUGUCUGAAUUGGAUCUCAGCCUUAAUCAGAUUGAAGGUAUGUUGGUUUUAAGGCAUUGCUAUAGCUAUAAUGUUUUGCCAGAGUUUAAUGGCGUCUUUGGUCAAACUAUUUUUAGAUUCAUCUUUGAUUGUGUUUGA